AUGAGCCUGCCCCCGGGCACCCCCGCUGCUAGGAUGCUCUUUGUUAUGGCUCUGGCCUGUGCCAGCCCCUUCUUGGACCUGCGGCGGCGGACCAUCAACAUCCCCAUCAUUUUCAGUGGCUCCACCUACACGCAAGAGAGUGCCCGGUUCUCGCCCGAGGACUUCCGCAACUUCUCAAUGGAGAUCAACCCCAUCCCUGUGGUUCUGAAUGACACGAACCCGCGCAGCCUCAUUGUGCGGCUCUGUGACGUUCUCUCCUCCCUGCACAUCCAUGGUGUGGUUUUUGAGGAUGAUACACGUACAGAGGCUGUGGCCCAGAUCCUGGACUUCAUCUCAGCACAGACCUCUGUUCCCAUCAUUGGCAUCAACGGAGGAUCAGCCAUUGUUCUUACACCCAAGGUAAAGUGAUUUAUUCUGUCUAUGUUCACUCUAAUAUCCUGUGUUUUUCUCUGCCCAGAUUAUGUAUAACUAUUUUAAAUUCUGCACUUCAUAAAAUUAUACAACCUGAAUCUAUUACAGACAUUUACUCACUGAUGCUAAUCUGCUUAAUUUGCAUACAGAUAGUGCAGAACUUGCCUUUAUCUUAGUGCAGAAUUUUGGAUACUUUGAUCAAUAUUUUUUUUCCAUUAAGUGCAAGGCAGGCACUUAAUUGAGGGGCUUUGGUGUAGGGACACUGGGAGGGCUGAAGAUAACAAUAGAUAUGUCAUACAAGCUCAUACUAUGACCCUUUUUUCAAGGUUAGAUGGGCAUCAGCAGUUCAGAGAGGAGGACAAUUUCAGCAUAAUGAUUUUCUGCAUGCAAGCACUUUUGGAAUUAUUUGUAUGGUGUACAGAGGUGGAAAAUGUUUUGCUGGAACUAAAAGCCAACCUUUAUUCCCCAAAUAAAACUAUUCUGAAAGCUCUCCCAUGAUAGGAGAGAGGUAGAAAUCAGAGAGUAGACCUAUAAUGGGAUGGCAAAUAGGUAGCACUUAUCACCCUUGUGUCUUUUGCUCCCUCCUAAAUCCAGGAGAAAGGAUCAACCUUUCUACAAUUAGGUUCCUCGACCAAACAGCAAUUGCAAGUGAUGUUUGAGGUCCUGGAACAGUACGAUUGGACGGCAUUUGCUGUCAUCACGACACUGUUUCCCGGCUAUGAAGACUUUGUAGAUUACAUUGAGGUCCUGACUGACAGCAGUUUCAUUGGUUGGGAGCGCCGCAGCACUGUGACCCUUAAUCUCACUGAUGACCCAGACGGGGCCCGCCUCAAACGCCAGCUCCGGGAAAUAAAUGCCCGCAUCUGCCUUCUCUACUGCUCCCGUGAAGAAGCAGAAAGCAUCUUCCGUGCAGCCCGUGAAGUGAAGCUCACAGGCCCCGGGUAUAUCUGGUUCAUGGCAGGUGCCAACUUUGGUAGAACUGAGUACAUGCCGGAGGAACUGCCCGAGGGUCUCUUCAUGGUGCUUUCAGCAGGAUGGAAAGAUGAUCUCUACCACAGGGUUCAAAAUGGUGUAGCCAUCAUUGCCAAGGGGGCAGAGGCCCUAUUCCAAGUCUACGGCUCAGUUCCAAAAUUCAACAAUGAUUGCCGGGCACCCAAUCUCACCCAGAUCAACGAGAACCUGCAUCGGUCAGCAGGGAAAGAGGCUGGGGGGAUUUUGCCUGGAAGGGGGGUGGAAUCAAGAGCAAAAGAAAGUGCUGUUGUCCACAAGGGAUGUAUAGCAGAUCUGACUUAUUGCCAUACCCUCCUCCCCUCCCAUUCCUUUCUUCGUUUGCAAAUCUGUUCCUCAAAGCAUGCUUCCUACAUUCCUAACUUGUUCCUCUUCACAUCCAUUUCAGCCAUUUUGACUUUCGCCUUGCUUCCUUAUCUCCAUUUCUCAUGAGUCCUUAUACACCACUGGGCGCAAGAGUGGAAUGCCAGGCUGAGUAUGAGGAGGAGAGGGAACAGGUGGGUGACAUGGCAGGGGGCUGAGACCGGGGCGGGCGGGAUGACAAAGGCAGGAGGAGGCAGGUACUUCUCCCAGGAUAUGGCUGCUCCAGAUGAGGAAGCUGGACUCCUACGUCCCUUCCUGGGAAAAGGAGAACAACGAUUGAAUCUGGGAAGAGUGUUAGCCAACCCACUAACUGUAGAGAAACCUGAGUCAGGUGGGGAGGGCAUAACCUGGUCACUGAAGACCCAGCAGCACUGCUGUCACUGGGAAAAGGGAAAUCCUCCCCUAUGCAGUGAGCAUCUGCACACCCAACAGUUCUGCAAGGACACCUCUUCCUUACUCUCAAGUAAGAGCCUCUGUCUUCAUGAAUCCCUAUAUAUCCACUCACCCUAUGCACCAACAUCCAGCCAGUGCUGGAUUUACACAAAAGCUACAUAUCUAUUUCAUUACAUUUAUAUACCACCUUUAUAUUCCAAGGAUUGGCCCAAGGUCACCAGUGAACUUCAUGGCUGAGUGGGGAUUUGAACCUUCGUCUCUUGGGUCACAGUUCAGCACUCUAACCGUUAUACCACACUGGUUAAUCUACAGUUAAGGUCCAGUUUAGGGCCUCGCAUUAUGAGGGUCUCCAAAUACAACCCCCCAAUUUCAAUGACUCUGCCUUUAAAAAACCCCAUAAAUGGUUUAAAUUGUAUGUCCCAUGCACAACACACACAACGCAUGUUGUUUGGCUCUUCCAUUUAGAAAGGGCUAAACAGUGUGUGUGAGAGACCACUCUUGCUAAGUCAGAAAUCAGAAGGUGUUUUCAUUUAAAUAAAUUUCAUAUGCAAAUAGGCUUAUUGCAAGACAGAUGAUUAGUUUUAAGUUGUAACCUUGCCUAUGUACGGGUUAUAUAUGCAAAUAUAAAAGUUUAUUACUUUUAUUUCCAUCGUCCUUUCUGUUAGAAUAAUACACAGUAUUAUGGGGCCUUUUAAACUUGACAUAGCAUGGGCUUCCAGCAUGUCUUUAAUCCAGCUCUUUCACUAGCUCUGCUUCCCACUAAUUGCAUACCAUCCCUUCCUACCACCUCCCCAUAUAGCCAGUUACACCCCGCACCUCAUCCAUAUUUACCCACCUUUGCACACCAUCCAUCCUCACUCAGUACCCUGCCUCCCCUUUCAAAAUGGGCCUGAUUCCAAAAGGGCUUUUCCCUUCUUGAUUUCCAAGUCCUGAUCCACAGCUGCAUCCGAAAUACUAGACCAGUGCCCUGUGGGUCAGGCUUGAGGGGGAUGGCAAAAUGAGGGGGAGUGAAGCUGCGAUGGCAGCAUGUGGAAAGUGGGCUCUAGACUGACACUGAAGAGCUUCCAUCAUGCCUCUUCGCAGGUACUUCAUGAAUGUUACCUGGGGUGAGAAGGAUUUCUCCUUUAAUGAGGAUGGGUACCUCAUCAAUCCAUCCUUGGCUGUGAUCUCCCUCAGCAAAAACCGAACCUGGGAGGUGGUGAGUUUGAGGGAGGUUUGAGGGGAAGGUGGUUGGAUUGGGGAGGAAGGUUGAUGAGUCAAGGGGAGGGGGUGAAAAAACGUUUGGACAGGUCGUAAUCCGGAGUCCAUGUGAGUUGGUGGAAUUGUGGCAAGGUUGAUGUUUGGAGAAGGUGGACUGUUAUCAUGGGGUAAUUAUAGGGCAAGUGUGAAUUCGGGAGAUGGAGUGUGUUUGGAGAACUGACAAGGGCUAUAAACAGAAAGAGCUGAGAGGGCGCUGAGUCUCAAGCCCCUGCUAUAAGGCACAGCCGUUCACAUGCCAGCACCCCACAGAAAGCCUCUCACAGUCCUGAUGGCACCAUGAAACAAUCAGAGAUUGCAAGUGCCCAACAAAAAAGCAGCCAGAGGAGCAAAGUAAUGUAAAUUUCUUACACAUCAAGCCAAACCCUACAGGGAAAGGCAACCAGUCUGGCAGGGGUGGUGGAUUCAUUUCUGAAUCUCAUUUUGGCAAUUGCUGAGCCCUUAGCUGUGAGCAAAGCCCAUCCACCGAGUUCUCACACAAGGUAUCUAUUUGGCUAAUUUUGUUUAAUUAAAAGUAUUUAUAAGUUGCAUAUUUUACACAUGUCCUCCCAAAGUAAGAACAUCAAAAGAAACGAUACAGAAACAAUAGCUAUAUGGGCACAUGAUGCUACUAAAGAAAGCUGCUCUUGUUAAGUCAUUCAAAGCCUUGGUUGAGGGUCGUAGUCAAGGAAAAGGUCUAGAGGGCUUCCUUAAAUGCCUGAACAAGGUGUAAGCCAUUUGGAAAGUGAGUUCCACAGCUGUGGGCCACCACCAAAAAAGCCCUGCCUUGUGCUCGCCAGCUGCACUGUUUUUGCCAGUGAAGCAACACCUCCCUAGCCUAUCAAAAUACAUCCUAGUUUUUAACUGGUUUGAUUUUAUCACUCUGUAUUUUAUCACUGAUGUUUUUUAAAUGUUGUAAGCCAACUUGUAUUCCAACUUGGGAGAAAGAUGGGAUACAAAUAUCAAAUAAACAAAAUAUAGGCAAGAUCAUCUGAGAUAUGGUAUUGGCUGCCGAAUAUCCUGACUCCAUGCUGGUCAUGGAUGUCCUCAAUGGAUGUAGGAAGCAGAGGAAUAAUGUGAAUGGAGGGUGUGAUUUUUAAGACAAGAGAUUGUAUUUCUUUCAUGUUGUAAGCCACCUUAAGCAUGGUUUGAAGUGGCAUACAAAUUAAAUUAUGUAUGUAUGUUUGCAUGUACAGUAUGUUUGAUGUGAAGAUUCAGAAGUUGAUGCAAUUCUGGAGAUGUUAGUUGUGGGAGGGGGCUUUCAAAACUGAGUUUCUUGAAUAUGGCAUAAAUUUGGGACCAACACUGGUGGGCUGGCAAGGGUCUGGAGAAAGGUUUGGGGUGUAUCUAACCUCUUCUCUAUGCCCCGGGAGGCAGGUGGGAAGGUGGGAGCGCAGAAUCCUGAGCAUGUCACGCUACAGAAAAUUCCUGCAACCUGUGGAUGACAACAAGCACCUCAUGGUGGCAACACUGGAGGAAAGGCCCUUCGUUAUUGUCGACAACAUUGAUCCAGCCACAAAGACCUGCAUUCGUGAUUCAGUUCCCUGCCGCCACCCACUCAACCAUACCAACAGGUAUUCCUGAGACGCUGGCCAAGUUUACCACAGUUGAGUUCAGUGUUAUCAAUUUUACAUUUAGAUCUUUCUCUUCCUCAGGAAAGUUCAGAGUGGCUUUUGUAGGCUUCCCAGUGGACACCCAUCCAAGCACCAAUCAAUCCCAUGCUUGCUUAUUAAUUACUUAACCCAUUAAUAUUGCCCCAUUCCUCCGAGGAUCUCAAAGUGGCACACAUAGUUUUCCUCCUUUGUUUCUUUCUUUUACAGCUUUGCUGUGAGGGUAGGUUAGUGAAUGGCCUAAAAUCAGCCAGUGAGUUUCAUGGCUGACAGGGGGAUUUGAAUCUGGGCCACCGCAGACCUAGUCCACUAUAACCACUACGUCCUGCUGGCUCUGUGUUUACCUUCCACAGUGCUCCUAAACCACUUGCUGAGUUCCUUUCCCCCCUCCUUGUGCUGUUCACAGCCAUCAAAUGGUAAAGAGCUGCUGCAAAGGAUUUUGCAUCGACAUCCUGAAGCGUCUGGCUAAGACUCUGGGUUUCACCUACGAUCUCUAUCUUGUCACCAAUGGCAAGCAUGGCAAGAUAGUCAACGGCAUGUGGAACGGCAUGAUUGGAGAGGUAACUCCAUCCCCUCCCCAAGGAACUGGGUGAUCUGGGCUCACGCACAACCUCUUAGGACUCUCUGCAUUUUGUUCCUCUUAAAAGAACCCAGGAAUUCUGGUUUCCCACCCACACAUGUGUGACUCUCAACUCCACUUGAGAGGACCCACAAGUCCUGCUGCAGGCUGUUUGGAUUGUAUCCUUGAAGUAAAGGACUAUUGAAUAGUGCACUGACAUAAAUAGUAGGGUUAAUCUGCUUCAAAGGUUAUGGGAGGGUUGCCCUAGAUGGCUCUGCCCAUUCCUGGAUCUGAUAGGCAAACAGAAUUUUACAUCCUGUCUCCAGGGCUCAGGGUGGGUACCACUGUUUACUCAGAAAUGCUGGACCCUCCCCUUCCUUUCCAGAAAACUCAGGAUUGCUGGCUAUUUGUACUUUAUCCAUCUCUGUGUGUGUGUGUGUCUCUCAGGUGUAUUACAAGCGAGCUGACAUGGCGAUUGGAUCCCUGACCAUCAAUGCGGAGAGAGCUGAAGUCAUAGAUUUUUCUGUGCCCUUUGUCGAGACAGGAAUCAGUGUGAUGGUGUCUCGUAGCAAUGGAACUGUUUCACCUUCUGCCUUCCUAGGUGAAUACCCAGCCCUGGGAUGGGUCAAAGUAAAAAGCAGGAGGGAGCGUUGGCAUGAGAUGUGGAAGGAGUCUUCCAGGUAGUCUGGUUUCAAAGCAGGGUUCAUUAUAGUAGAGAAGUCAGAAGUCCUAAUCUUCCCCAAUCCUGUCAUCUAUUGGAUCUAAGUAGUUGUGUACCCAAUCUUGGGGAAACAGCCCCACUAAGGACCUGCUUUAUUGCUGAGGUAGAGUUUUGAAUUUUUUAGUGUCAAUUUUAUUUUAGCAUUUUUAACCCACCAUUUAUGCUGGAAAGGUGGGGUAUAGAUAAAAUAGAAAAAUGUUUAAAAAAAUUGUUAAAAUGGACAUACAAAAUGAUGACCUUUGGCUGAAGGAAAAUGGCCUGAGAAAAGCCAUAAGCAGAGAAAGAGAGAGAAAGAAAAGAAAACUUGCCCAUUUGUGGGUAUCAAGUGGGCAGCUGCCAAUAUGUAUCAAUGGGAGUUACAUAACUGCAGUUAACACAGUACUUAGAAUCACAAUGGAAGUACCAGCAGACAGGUUUUUCCAAAUCCUGGGAAAAGACAAUUUCACCCAAAUUGACUCACAUUAACAAAUGUCCAGUUUUCAAGGAAGACAUUUUGAUCUUUCAGAUCAAAAUAAUAGCUUUAUUUUUUUGCCAUGGAGGGACUUGUGUGGCACCCUCCCAGAGCCACUAUUCCCUCAAGGAUGGUGAUAAUGGUAGAUCCAUUCCCCCCCCCCCCUGCUUUGGGGUUCAUCUGCAUCAUACUCUUAAAUCAAUUCUGACAGACUAUCUCAGAGUCUCCACAUGACCACAACUCACACAGCUCCUCAGGAAAAGCCAAUUUAAAGAGGCGGCCUUAAAUUAUACCAUUUUUAAAAGUGUUACUCGUGAUUUAGGGUGCCUCUUUUAUGCCAAAGGUUCAGAACCCCUGCUUUCACCCACUAGAGCCUAGCUGUCUCGGGCAUACCACCACCGUGGUCCAUGUUUCUCUUCCUGCAGAGCCCUACAGCCCUGCUGUCUGGGUGAUGAUGUUUGUCAUGUGCCUGACUGUCGUUGCGGUGACCGUCUUCAUCUUUGAAUAUUUCAGCCCAGUAGGCUAUAAUCGCAGCCUCAGCGCCAGUAAACGUGAGUGCACCAAGGAUAAGGGAGGGGCAUGUGUCUGAAACUGGGGUACCUAUGGAGAUAAGGAAGGGCGGCAAGCAUGUGCAGCCUGUUGCGCUCCAGCCUCUACGGCAAAGUUCAAACUCUGAUUCAUAUUCCCCCAUCCCAUCCUGCCUGGUAGGCACUGGAGGCUCCAAGUUCACCAUUGGGAAAUCCAUCUGGCUGCUCUGGGCUUUGGUGUUCAACAACUCUGUGCCUGUGGAGAACCCCAGGGGCACCACCAGCAAGAUCAUGGUGCUGAUCUGGGCCUUCUUCGCCGUCAUCUUCCUUGCCAGCUACACCGCCAAUCUGGCCGCCUUUAUGAUACAGGAGGAAUAUGUAGACACGGUGUCUGGGCUCAGCGACCAGAAGGUGAGAAGAAGGGAGGGCUCCCAGAGGGGGGGAAACAGAGGCACAGUACCCAAUUUGUGGAAUUCUCUUCCCAGGGAGGCUCGCCUGGCACCUUCAUUACAUAUCUUUAGGUGCCAGGUGAAAACGUUUCUUUAUAACCAGGCCUUGGGCUGAUUAAACAUUCUAUAGCCUUUUAAAUGUUGGGGGAGCAUUAUUGGUCUGUUUUUGUUUUAUUAUGUAUUUUGUGUUCUCAUUUUGUAUUUUUAUGUUGUGAACUGCCCUGUGAUCUUUGGAUGAGGGGUGUUAUACAAUUUUAAUUAAUGAUAAUGAUAAUAAUAAGUUCCACUCCCUCCCUCCCAUCAUAUCUAUCCCUACCAGACAAAAUUCCCCAUUCAUUCCUUUGCCACAGCUCUCGUUUUAUUUCCCCUUUCAUUUUCUUUUCCAUCACCAAAAACAACAUGCCAGGCACAAUGUUUUCCUUCAGACCAGAUUAAACAUAUCCCCAUUUCCACUAAUAUAAAAAAAUUAAGUGACCACCACUACUUCCCCAGUGUUUGACAAAUGAUGAAAGGGAAGCAAGGAAAACCACGAGAUGUGUGUAUAAUCAUGGCCACAUGUUAAACCAAAACCAAACAACCCUAAAAUCAAAAAGAUGUGUACCUUUGCUACACUUUAACACAAAAGAGUAAAGUUGAGCCUCUGUUAUUCACUGUACACAUUUCCAUCAAAUCACUUUUAGAAGCCAUGGUCCUACAGUGUCUGCUUGCAGUGCCUUAGAUCUCAGCUGUCUUGACUUCACUUGCAUAGUCUUGCAAGGGCAUUCUUUUUUGACUGAGCAGCUCAGGUUUUGCAAGGUUUAUUUUAAAUUGCUUGGGGAGGAGCUACCUGGCUGUGACCACUGCAAACUCAGCAACUGGAAAGUUUUGCUUUCAGAGCCAAUAGUGCUGUUGGGGAAAUGUCAGUGAAGGUGAAACUGCCCAGAACAAAGGCAAAGCCAGAAGAUCAGACAGGCAGGCAGGCAGGCAAUUGCACAUCUUUGUCUCCUACUCCAAAGUACCAGACCUGACACUGAAAAGCCUCUGAAUCCUAGGGAGCUCUUAGUAAGGAUCUGGCUGAAACUCACAUACCAAGUCUGUGCAUUCGUAUUACAGUUCACAUUAUCUAGCAUGAGCUCACCGCCACUAAUCUAUAGCUCUUCCUCUGGAAAAAGUGCUAGCAGAGCCCUGUAGAUUACCCACCUGCAGAGCAGGAGAGCUAUUCACGUUGAUGCACUCAUGGCACACUUAUCAUUUUUAGAAACUAACGGUGGCACUGAGAACAGAUUCUAGCUCUUACCUUCAGUCCUAAUUGCUGUUUAAUUUUAAAAUGUUACACUUGCUUGUGCUGAUAGGCUUCUGGUAGGCAAUGUUUACUUUCAGAAAAGCCACACAUACCCACAAUCAGGCCAGAUCCAUCACACUCCCCUUAAGACAACUGCAACAGGAAAUAUGUGGGUGUGCCUGUGCAUGCAUACAUGCAUGUGGUCAAGAUUAAAGGGUGGCUGACCUAAGCAGUGGAACUCAUACCCUUGGUAGCUCCACAUAGCCCUCCACUGGGAUACUUUGCUGGUGCCCAGCAUGCAUGGUGUGUAUUUAUAAACCAGAACGUGGCUGAUUAUCCCCUGGCAAUUAGCCCCUGACGAACAACCACAGCUGUGGGGAAGGAGGGGGCCCCACAAACCGGACCAGCUGUGGCAAGGCAGCCUCACUCCAAUUGAAUCCCUUUCGUUAAGAACUAACGAGCUGGGAUGUAAUUAAUGGGCGUAAUUAACGUCCAACAUGAAACACAAUCUCAGAUAAAUAUUAAACAGCUCAGAUUAACCAACUCGUACUGAGUAGGGAGCAGUUUGAGGGAGAGGGUAAAAGAAGAAAAUCCAGGCAGAGGAAAAGAAUAAGUGUUUCUAUAGUGGAAUCAUAGUAACAUCUAUUCAGAAGUCCCACUGAAUUCAAUUGGACCUUACGCCCAGGUAGGGAUGGGGGAGAAAUUUGAUUCAAUUCACCUUUAAAGAUGAACUUCACAUUUUCUGAAACAGUAUGUGAGCUGAAACACAGCUGUCCUUUGGACUUACCUACAUUUUGCAUUGCAGUUCUCCAGUAAGGUAAUGUGUACAAACAUGUAUAUACAAUGGUAUCAUUUGCAUAUAAAUGCAUAUAUUAAUGAACACAGCAUACAAAAUGCAUCAUAGUAGGGGAAACUGUUUUCCACAAUGUGUAUAUUAGGCAAAACUGCAUAUAAAAAUGUGUAUCAAAGGAGAAAUUCACACAAAAAUGGUGACAGAUUUUCACUAGGUCUUUUUUAAAAAAAAAUAUAUUCAGCUGAUAUAACCCUAACAUAAGAUUGGAAGAAUGAGAAACUAAGAGAAACCAAAACUGAUAUAUUUGCCACCCAUCCCUAGUCUCAGGUUAAAUAGCAAUGCAGCCUUAGUCUUGUGAAAUUCAAGAGAGGGAGCCAUGUUAUCAGGUUGCAACAAACACAACCAAAAGCCUUGUGACACCUUAAAAACUAACAGAUUAAUUGCGGCAUCAACUUCUCUGGACAAAAACCCACUUAACACGGCGACCCCCUCUGGACUUUGCCAUUAGAGAAGGCACUGCAUUUAGCCAUCAAAAGUGGAAAGCCUCAUUCUGUGCAUCUGACAAAGCAGGUUUGAGCCUAUGAAAGCUUCCUGUACAAUAAAUGAACAUGUCUUAAAAUGCUACAAGACUCUCGUUUUGUUUCUAGCUGUAGAAACGUUUUCCCCUCCCCUCUCCAUCCUGAUGGUUUUCCCAGUAUUCUCUUCUACCUCUAUUUGCCUCUUUUCCAUUAAUUCUUUCCCCCAUUGCUUUGUCAUACACAUUCCUCUGUCAAAUUCCAGAUAAUCUCUACCAAUCUCCCAUCUUCUUUUCUCACUUUCCCCAGACGCUUUUGUCUGCCUAAUGGCUUCUAAGCUUUAGACACCUAGAAGCCUCUUUCCAUUAUCCCCAUUUGCAAGAAAACCAUCGCUCCCCCUUUCUUCCUCCCCGCACCCAUUGCUGGCACUCUGUAUUUUGUCCCCAACCUGGGAUGCAUUUGAUUUUUGCUGUUUCUUUGCUUCCCGUUUCCAUGUCGAAAGGCCCUGUUGCCCCAGGAAUAUCAAGGAGGGACUGAAUUUGCUCAGAGAGCUCUUGUGUGAAGCCAAUUUUGUGAUGCUCAAAACAGACCAAAGAUGUUUUUCUCCAUCUACAGCCUUCUUGAAGCAGACUCUUGUAAUAGAACAAGCAGGCUGCCUCUGCCCUUCAUACUUCUAAAUGUGUCCCCAUCUAUUUCAGUAUCACUGAUCUCUCGGUGCACCUCUCUGUCAACAAUCCUGUCUGCCAACUGCUGAAUCCAUCUAUACCCAGAAUUACCUGUUCAUUGUGUCUUCUAUUUAUGAGUCCAUUCCUGGCCUCUUUCCACCCCGCCCUGCUUGCCCCUUUCCAUUUUUCUCAUCUGACUCCUUUCUGACUUUGGUUGCGGUAGUGUCACAAGCAUCUCUUCACUAGGGGCCACAAUGUAGUAUCAGAAGAGCUACACUAUUCCCUUUUUUCCAUCACAUCGUAUGCACUUCUGAGCUCCCUCCCCACCAAAAAAAAAUUAAAAAAAAUUACCAGGAAUUUUACUUGGUAUAGGGAGCAGAGGCUAUGUUUAAUCUGCUGCUCAACUCAUGCAGAGUACUGCAUAUCCACUGCAGUCGCCCCCAUCCUCUGUAUUUCUCCCCUUACCAUAACAGGCAAACAGGAAUCAAUGUGAUUGUUGCUAAAAUGCUGUUUGUAAGAGCAUUUUAAAAUGGAAAACAUAGGGCUCGUCUAUGCCUUUACUGAUCAUGAAGAAAGGCUCUCUGCAGCUUGACAAUAAACAAACAAACAAGCACAUUAGUUGAAGAGGGUGUGUGUAAGCAUAGGAAAUGUGCAAAGAUGGGUCAAAAAAGGACAAAAAACAAAAUCAACGCUGCCUGGGUACUGGUACAAACACACCCUCAAGGUGUUUCAUCUUGCAUGGCCUUCGAGUUCCACAUCCCACUGUUCCUUUCUCACUCUGCUUCUCCCUUCGCUCUAUGUCUUAUUUCCCAAACUGCCUGUCUCACCCUCCUGUCCUUAGAUAAAUCUCUAAAAAGUUCGUUUUCUUUUCCUUGGCUUGGGCACUGGUCUCUUGGCUGGAUUCUAGAGGACAAACUCAAUAAUCAUACAUGAUGUUUCUUGCUCAUAUCUAUUUAGUCUUCUCGUCCAUCUCCAAAUACUACUGUCUGUCUGCUUUCCUAUCGUGUCACGGAACUGUUUGAGAAGGAGGAGGCUACAAGGCCCUUAGUCUAACCCCUGCCACCAGCUGGGCCCACCCACCCACAUCUUCCAAUAUCAGUGUCCAUCUGACAUUACAGGGGUGGAAUUCCCUUCAAACUCUAAACAUCAUGAACGAUUACACCCUGUGGAGUUGAAACUGACCCCCAAAGCCAUUAUUAAAUGAAAAGCAGGUUCAGGAGAGGAGAAAAUAAGAGUGGCAGGAGGAUGGACAGGAGGAAAGGGUGUACAUAAUCCCCUCUCUGUCUGCCAUUUUUCUGCUUCAAGUCAUGCACAAAAACACAAAUUUUCCGUCUGUGGGAAUCCAAAAGCAUGUUGGAAACACAGAAUCACAGAGCUGGAUCUGCCCCUGCUGAUACGCUGUUUCCUCUAGCGGCUUCUAAAUCCCCCUCUCCCAAGCUGCUCUUCCUAAAAAAAAUGUGUGACAUGAAGGUCAACCCUGAGCAUGAGCAAAACUUGUUCACUCAGGUUGUGGCAGUUCCUGAUGCCCAGAGAAAAAUUUAGAACUUCCAGAUAUCAACCCUUCCUGACUAUCCUCUUCCCCAAUCCAGCCUGUUUUUCUAACUUACCUCACAGGGCUAUUGUGAGGCUAAAAUGGGGAAGCAGAAACCAUGUGCCUCACCCUUAGCUCCAAAAAGGAUGGGGAUAAAAAUGGAAGCUCAUAAAUAAAUCUGUUGGCUCAUUUAUUCAUCCUCAAAUAAACAUGGUAUUUACCUACCCAUCCAUCACUAUAUGCAUCUCUCCAUUUCUUAUCCAUACCACUCUGCUCGUCUGUCUCAUCCAUCACACACAACAGGGUGCUUCUCCAUAUCCAGAAAUCAUAAUGCUUGGGAAGGUGAACUCUGCUCUAAUUGAUGCCAGCCAAAUUUCCGUUUUAUUUCUCAGCCAACUGAGCACAACAAUACACUACUCCAAAAGUAGCACCAGCAAAUUUAAGAAUCUCCCUCCUCCCGUCCUUGCUCAGUUUUUACAUUUGGGAGGAGAGCAGGGAAGGGGUCGGGGCAAGAUCCGCAGAAGCACUCUUCACACUCCAAUUUCCCUUUACCUCCCUCUACAGUUCCAGAAACCACAGCAUCACUACCCACCUUUGAGAUUUGGCACUGUUCCCAACGGGAGCACCGAGAAAAACAUUCGGAACAACUAUGGGGAGAUGCACGAAUAUAUGGGGAAGUACAACCAGCGCAGCGUGGAGGAUGCACUCCAGAACCUGCAGACAGGGUAGGUGGGGGGAAAUGGAAGAAGCAGUGGUGGCAGCAGGAAGGACAACUCCAAGACCCUUAGUUCUCAGCAUAUAUUUUCAUCCUAAGCCUUUCUGCUCCCUGGGGCACAUGGCCUGCAGCAGGCCCCUACAGUGGGACCACAUGUGCCCUAUGUUUCUCUCCACAUAACCCAUUUUUUACACAACAGAUGUGCAAAUGCUUCUCAUUUAUGUCGCACACUCUCGUCGUCAUUCCAUGAGGCCACACUCCUGUUGUAGAGAAACCACCAUUUGCCCACACUUGGGGUAAAUAUUCAGUGAAGUAAAUGCAGUUUUUCCCCUCUGCAACAUCCUCUCCCUCCAGCGGUAGUACAUUAAUUGCUGUGGCAAUUGCUAUGUGGAAUGUGACUGUGUGAGUGACACAGGCUGCUGCUGGAUGUUGCUUGUGACAUGGCCAGCUUUAAUGCCCAUGCUGUUUUGUGAUCCUUUAACAAGUUUAUAAUUAUAAUUAGUCAAUUUUCAUUAGGCUGUCAUCUGAUUAAAGAAAUCUUAGCCAAUUUAAUAAUAAUAUGAGUUUGGGUCAAUUAAUCAGUGAAUUAAUUAAAUCUGCAGAAAUGUGCAUAUGAGCAAAAAUUACUCUCUUUUUUUUAAGCAUACUUUGUUUUUAGAUGAUGCACUGCAGACAUUAGAAGAGGCAUCCCCACUUCUCUCUCAUAUAGGAGUGAAGGCCUGUGCAAAAGCUGUGCUUGCCAUGUGCUGUUAAUGCAAGUAAUUGCAUUAAAAAUAUUUUUUUUUAAAGAAACUGUUGCCUUGCUCAUUGGGGAGUCCUUUUUAGUUGAAUGAAUCUAACCAAUUAAUUAAGGCUGCAAGCCUAUGCCCGCUUACCUGGAAGUAAGCUUCGCAUAAGAUCUGAUUAUAGAAACUGCAGUCCUAAAAAAAACAAAAAACACCUUUAAAGGCUAUGCACUCCUUCUGUGUAUAACUCUGGUGAGCAAGUGCUUGUCUAGCCUUGGUAGCUGCACACACCAGCAAGAGUGCCUCCCCACUGUUCCCCACAACAACACUUCUGUGAACUUCUAUGAACUCCUGCUGGCUCAUUUCAUAAAUAAACCAAAUAAGACAAGUCCACAGUGAGGCAUUCAAGUGCAGGAUUGAGCUGCGCCAUCAUGCUGUUAACUAGACUUCGAUGUGGGGUUUUUGUAUGUGGAUUUUGGAUUUGUGAGCAUUUGUGACUUAAACGCUAAUUUUUUGCUGCUGUAGGAGUGCAUUGUAGCUCUGCCUGUUUGAGCGCCCUUUCAGGGUGGUUCCCACUGCUGUUGGAACUGCUGCCAAUCCUACUAACAAUUUUUUAAAAGCCAACUGGCAAGGUUAUGGGUGCGCGAUUCACCAUUUAAACACCCACAUACUCUGCUAAUUAACCCAAAUUAACAACCACCUCCCACUUCUACAGUCACAAUCAUUUAUAUAUGGAUUAGAAUUCCUACUCUGUACAUAUAUGUACUUAAGACAGGCACCUCCAACUUUGGGCCACCAAAAUUUAUGUGACUUCAGUUCCUUUCACUCCUGACCAAUUUGUCAAGCUGGCUGCAGGUGUUGGGGUUGUACUGUAGUGAUGGGCUGGAUGGGGGCUAAUAAACUGAGUCUGAGUCCUGGCAAGAUUGAGGUUUGUAGGCUUGGGAAGUCAGUAAGUUGCCAGGCCUAGAUGGGGCUGCUCUCUCCUUGAAGGAGCAGGUGCAAAGUCUGAGGAUUUUCCCAGAUCCAACUCUACCACUGGAGGUGUCCUCAGUGGCUAGGAAGCUUGGCUGAGAAGACAGAUACAGUUGUUCCUGGAUCAGGAUAGCAGUUAUCCAUGCAUUGCUAACCUCACAGUUGGAUCACUGCAACGCACUGUUUGUAGAACUACCUUGGCAGUUGAUCUGGAGACUGCGGCUAAUGCAGAAUGCAGGGGUCAGCUUGCAAACUAGCACCAGCAGAUAGCAACUUGAUUUCUGGAUUUGCACUGGCAAAUCCCUCCCUGCAUGUUGCCUGCAUUGACGUGGUGACCUGUGGAUGUGGGUCUCUGAUGUGGAGGAGGUCUGUUCCUCCGGAGGUGCAGGCUUGGAAAGUACAGAUUCCUGCCUUGGAUUCCAGAAUGCCUGAUUUGCUGGGCUCAGGCUGUGACUCAGGCUUGCACAGGAUACCAGGGCCUGUGAUCUUCCUUGUAGCUGCUGGACUGAUAGUGGCCCGCCUUGUCUAAAUUGGAGCUGCUCUGGCCAGGAGUUCUGGCACUGGGCCAUUUCAACGGUGCUGAAGAUUCUAAAAGAAUGACUUUGCCACUAUUGCAGAAUUCAACUAUUCGGUUCUUGCUGCUUUCCCCUAUGCUGUCCCUGUCUGGUGCUUUGUGUGUUUACUGCUUGUUAAGUUCUUCCUUCUCUUUUUAAUCAGUGGCCUGCAUCUACUCUUCAGGGUUUGUUUGUUCUUGUUGUUUAAAGUUCAGAGUUUUUUUCUUUUUAAAUACCACCAUGUACAUUCAUGGCCACCAAAACUUUGCCAGUAUGUGUGAAUGGUUGAAUGGGGAUGGGCACAAGGGGACAGGACGGAGACACCUAAUAAUCCGAUCCUAUGUGAAUUUAAAGUUAUGGGCCCUGUGUAGGGUCAGUCUGUUUUUAGGACUGUGAAACAGAGGGCAUUAGAAAGCAAAAGACUGAGAAGAAAGCUUGGAACCAAGAUAUCUAGAUAGAGGUGGCUGAAGAGGUGAGCCUGUCUAUAAUAAAAAAUAAAUAAAGGGGGGAGGAAGCGAAGAUAAAAUAGAGUGGGACAGUGGCUGACAUGCAGUUCUAACAGUAAAGGGCACCUUUUCCUUAUGGGCCUAUUAAAAGUAUCUCCUAUGCUAUAUAACUAUGGCUGAAAACUUUAACAGCUUUAAUGGGAAGAUUAAUCAGGCUCAUAAUAAAAUCCCUGCACCCCAGUUAAUUGGUCAGGCUAAGCAUACGGAAAGGCUCAGUCAUGUUUAAAGGCACGCUGCCGGGCAAUCAUCUAGUUUCUAGCUCCUACCUGUGACAUAUUUGAUGACAACGAAGAAUAAACGUAAAGGUGUUCUAUCUUUCUAGUUUAUUACCCAAAGGUGGCCACCUUUUGGCUCUCAGGAGUCGUAUACUUUCAUGUAAUGCUAAGAACCAGUUUUUAUUUAAUUGAUUUUUAUACUGCUCUCCCUCUCACAUUCAACUGAAGGCCACAGUGCUCUGUUGAAUUAAUUCUUAAAAUAUUUUAAAAAGCCUGACCCUUCCACAAUAUUGAUGGGCCUUCAAUGUGUUUAUUUUUUGAUGCCGUUUUGACUUUGGUGUGUUACUAUAACAGGAAAUAUUCACAUAUGGGAUAAGAAACAAGUGAGCCUCUCUGUCUAACAAUGAAUAUUACUAUUUGUUUAAUAGGGAUGCGGGUGGCACUGUGGUCUAAACCACUGAGCCUCUUGGGCUUGCCGAUCGGAAGGUUGGCGGUUCGAAUCUGUGUGACAGAGUGAGCUCCAGUUGCUUUGUCCCAGCUCCUGCCAACCUAGCAGUUCGAAAGCAUACCAGUGCAAGUAGAUAAAUAGGUACCACUGUGGCAGGAAGGUAAACAGCGUUUCCGUGUGCUCUGGCUCCCAUCAUGGUGUCCCGUUGCACCAGAAGCGGUUUAGUCAUGCUGGCCACAUGACCCGGAAAGCUUUCUGUGGACAAAUACCAGCUCCUUCGGUCUAAAAGCGAGAUGAGCACCACAACCCCAUAGUCACCUUUGACUGGACUUAACCGUCCAGGGGUCCUUUACCUUUACCUUACUAUUUGUUUGUUAAAUAGUAAGCUGUCUCACACUUAAAGAAAGCUGUCCCCUUCCCUCAAAAAUAUGCUUUCCCUUUAAUUGCAAUAUGAAUGUCUGUAGUUCUAAUCAAUAGGUCUUUGCAAAGGUGGACAAAUAAUAAAUGGAGGCAUUUUUAAUGCGCUAAAUGCUGCAUCCAUCUGUCUUUCUCUGCCUGCCUUUCUUAUCUGACUGCAGGAAGCUGGAUGCCUUCAUCUACGAUGCAGCCGUCCUCAACUACAUGGCCCGAAAGGAAGAAGGCUGUAAACUUGUCACCAUAGGGAGUGGGAAAGUCUUUGCCACCACAGGCUACGGCAUUGCGCUGCAGAAAGGUUCCAAGUGGAAACGGCCCAUUGACCUGGCCCUGCUCCAGUUUCUGAGUGAUGGUAAGGCUUAGCUACAUGCCAGGUUCUAGGGAGAGCACUGGGAAGUUGAGAGUUGCCCAGGUUUUUUGGAUGAGAACAAACUUAAGUGUGAGUAACUGGGAGGUGGGGGGGAAUAUUUUCUCCAACAUCUGUGUGAGUGGUAUUGUUCUCUCUCUGUCUCUGUCUCUGUCUCUGCCCCACCUGCUCUUCCACUAGGCAAUGAUUGCUGGGUGUGUAUGCGUAAGAUACUUUGGAGCAGGGGUGUCUGAAAUAAAGGAUAUUUAUUACUUGCUGUGGACACUCCUGAAUAAUUUGCACUGGAAAGAAAUCUAUAUAUAAUCCUACUUCCUGCUGCAGGGCAAGACCACCCCAUUCUAUCCAUACACUAUGAAAAAGCAUGAAGUUGAAAUAUGGGGCAACUGGUGCUCCUUCUUCAGAUACUCAGCCCCCACCCCACCUACGCACCCGUUUCUAGUAAGCUCAGAGCCCAGAAAAGUACCAAACUGCCAAUCCCACUCCUUAUGGAUGGGUCAUGUUCUUCAUAGUGAUUGGUGAACAGGACUUUCCCUCACAUGUUUGCUGGGGCAGAAGGCUUAGUCAGGUAAAGGAAUGCUGGUCUGCCAAGAUGAAACAUUCAUUACCCUUUGCUAUAAAAUGGGUUAUCUGGAUUCUGAAGUUCAGUUAAAACAGAUUAGUUUCCUUUAACACACUUUUACUAUGUAUUUGGUUGAAUUUAUUGUUGUGUGCUCCUUGAAUUUUGAGAAGUCAUGGGGCAGUGCUAUAUGGGAUAGUUUCCUUUGAAUGAAAGAGUUUUGUAUGGUAAACCGCCCUGUGAUCCUCAGAUGAAGGAGGUAUAUGGUGUCAUUGUAAUAAAAAAUGUUAGCAUAAUGGAAGCAAAUAGGCACCCCUACAGCACAGAACAAAUCCACUAAUCCCAUAUCAGAUGUUCAGAGAGAGAGGCACCCUGCAUUCCAAGCUGUUUCACCUUCAGCUAACUCACAGCUCCUUAUCUGUCUGUCCCAUUAAAAAAAUGAAAAUGCUUUCUUGCUGUCUCCCUUCCUCCCACACCCCAAUUCUGAUGGGUGUUGCAUUUACAAGCUAGAAUGAGAUUUGAUAUCAUUAAGGGCAAUUAAAGCCCAUUUGUCAAGUCCCUGAUCAACGGUUGAUUUGUCAGGCAAAACCAAUGUGACAGGCCCAUUCAUGUUAAUCAAGUGAGCAAAACUCAUAUUACCAGCAGGAGUGUGGAUUUUUCCAAUUCUUUUAGUGUAUGUUUAUCCAUGGAGAUGGGGAGGGGUUUCUAACUCAAAUGUAGAAGUUUGCUGAGAGGACUUAUGGGCCCUGGAACUGACAUGGCUCCCUCAUAUACACUAAUGCCCCCACACCAGCCUGCACACCCUCCCCCAUUCCAAUGCUCCAGAUAGCUGUCACAAUGCACUUCCCUGACUAUCUCCUAGCAGACCUGCAGACUGAUCAAAGUGAACAUGCAACCAGAUCAUGGUGUUUUAUUUUGGAUUAAUUAAUCCAGGCUGAAAGGGAGUAGGAAUCCCAAGAGAGGUGUGGAGCCCACUCAGUUCACGCAAGGAGGUCUGGAAGCCAGGACUCCUGCGUCUCCUGGGAGAGCAAGCAAUUCCUAGUGGGCUAGACUCCGAGCAAAGGCGAUGGGAGACAGACAUCCUGCUUUCUAUUUCUAGCUCCAGGGAUAAUGAACAGACACAGCUCUGGUGUGUUUGAUCUGAGCAGAGGAACCUGGAUUCCGUCUCUGCUGCUGCUAAUGGGCUCAGUCUGAGGCUCUAAUUGCUGUUAGCCAACAAUCUUGCUUCUCCUAAUAGGCCUGACUGACUCUGGGGAUAUCCUAGAGAACAGCACACGGGGCUUUCCCCGCCCCACCAGGACAUAUAAGCAGAUGUUGGGGACGGGGCUGUGUUUCAACUGGGCCACCCAGUGUCCAUGACACUUAAAUCAUUUUGCCUUCCCUGCAUCUAUUAGGCUGAAUGAAAAAGCUACAUGGUUUACUCUCCAGCUCUCUCUGUUGCGAUUAACAACAUUCAAAAGUGAAGCAUUCCAGACAGAGAGGCGUUCUUUGCUUCACUUGUGAAAAAUGCCCUGUGAGGAUCAUGAUGUGUAAGAAUUGUGUGUGGGAGAGAGGCCGACAGAUGGUUGCUUUGUAGAGUUUGGAUGUGUUACAAUGAAUGUCCAAAAUGUGGUGAAUGUCAACUAUUCACAUGUAAAUACUGACAACUUCAGAUGAAUUUUAUGAAUGCCACAAACAGACAGACAUACUCCCAUUUUGGGGACAGAUUUAUUGCAUAAUGAUAAUCACUAUUUGACUGUUGGCAUUCGCCAGGGUAUCUCCACCUUAAUUAAGCAUUCACAACAUUCACCUGGGAUUGCCAACAUUCACAAGUGACAAAAUUCCAGAUAUACAUAUUAGAACUUCUAUUUGCUUGCAAUUACUCUAUAUUCCAAGCAUCUGUGCACAAGAAUAAAGCGUGCAAACUAAAAAAAUGCAUGUAUAAUAACCAAUGUUUAAAACUUACUUUAAUUGCAGAAUUUUCACUUUAGGUUCACAGAAUAUCCAUAAUUUUGUUGGUAUAUAAUUCCACCAGUAUGAGGGUAUAUAAUAUAUACAGCGGAGAUUUCAUCUGUUUGGAAACCUUCAGUGUAUUGAUGUAUAACUUCAUAUGUUGAAUAUGUACAUGCUGAAGGGUGCUGGGUAUUUAUUAUUUAUUUAUAGUUAUUUUAAAAAAAAAUUAAAUAAUAUCCUCUCACAAUACAUCAGGGCAGUGUACCACAACAAUUAGACAUUUAAAAGCAAUGCAAGGUAAUCAUCAAUGUGACUGGCUACUCAAGAGACCUUUUAAACAACUGCUAAGGCCUGUCAGCAUAAAAAAGUCUUAAAGAGACACCUGAAAGUCAAAGUUGCCUGCCAAAUCUCUAUUGGAAGAGCAUACCAUGAUCUUGCAUGGAUGUAUGCAUUUAAAGGAGCCUGUUGCUUGGGUAUGAAGGAACACACAUGCACACCAUUGUAAGCUUCCAAUUGCUUAUUAGGGGAGAGGGAGGCAAGGAACAGUUGCCCAGCAACCCACCCAUCUGUCAUAUCAUACAACUGAAACCUGUACUACCUUUUAUACCACACACACACAAUUUUAGUCUGCAGCAUUAAUCAGUCCUGAAAGACUACCACAGCAUAGCUCCAUCCUUGCAAUCACUCAAGUAGAUCAGGAUUCAUAGGAUCAAAGAAUUGUAGAGUUGGAAGGGACCCAAACACCAUCAAGUCCAACCCCCUGAAAUGCAGGAAUCUCAGCUACAUCAUAUAUGGCAGACAGCCAACCAACUUCUGCUUAAAAACCUCCACGGAAGGAGAGUCCACCACCUCUUGGAGUUUGUUCCACUGUUAACAGCUCUUACUGUCAGAAAAUAUUCCUAAAGUUUCAUCUGAAUCUCCUUUCUUGCAACUUGAAUCCAUUGGUUCAGGUCCUAGUUUCCAGAGCAAUAGAAAACAAGCUUGCUCCAUGUGACAGCCCUUUAGAUAUUUGAAGAUGGCUAUUAUAUCUCCUCUCAGUAUCUUUUCCUGGCUAAAUAUACCCAACUCCCUCAAACAUUCCUCAUAAGGCUUGGUUUCCAGACCCUCGAUCAUCUUGGUCGCCCUGCUCUGCAAUAGUAUUAACCUUUUUUUGCUGCUUCAUCACACUGUGAACUCAUGUUAAACUUGUGGUCUACUAAGACCCCUAGAUCAUUUUCACAUCUACUACUGGCAAGCCAAGUGUCCCCCAUCUUAUAUUUGUGCAUAUUGGUUCUUCCUGCCUAAGUGCAGAACCUGACAUUUGUCCCUACUGAAGUUCAUUUUGUUAGUUUUGGCCCAGCUCUGUUAAGGUCAUCUUAAAUCCCAAUUCUGUCUUCAGUGGCAUCUGCAAAUUUGAUAAAUAUCCCCUCAAUGUCUUCAUCCAAGUUAUUUAUAAAGAUGUUGAACAACAAUGGGCCCGGGGCAGAACCCUACAGCACCCCACUUGUCCCCCCUUUUUUUGCAGGAUGACUAGGAACCAUUAGUGAGCAUUCUUUGAGUAUGGAAAUGAGCUACAAACCCACCUAACAGUUAUCUCACCCAGUCUAAAUUUUACCGGCUUCUCUGCAAGAAUAUCAUGGGGGAAUUUGUCAAAAGCUUUACUGAAAUCAGGAUACACUAUAUCCACAGCAGUUCCUGAUCCACCAAGCUUAUGACUCUAUCAAAGAAAGAAAGAAAGAAAUGAGAUUCGUCUGGUACGGCUUGUUUUUGAGAAACCCAUGUUAGGUCUUAGUAAUCACAGUCACCUUUUCUAAGUGCUCACAGACAGACUGUUUAAUUAUCUGUUCUAGGACACUGGUAACAAUGUCAAGCUCACCAGUCAGUAGUUACCCAGAUCUUCUUUACUCCCCCUUUUGAAGACAGGGACAUCAUUUUGCCUGCCUCCAGUCUCCAGGGACAUCACUUGUUCUCCAAGAAUUCUCAAAAUUAUAGACAGAGGCUCUGAGAUUACAUCUGCAAGCUCCUUUAAUACUCUUGGGUGCAGCUCAUCAGGCCCUGGAGAUUUGAACUCAUCGAUGUAGCUAGGUGUUCCUUUACCACCUCUUUUCCAUCUUGGGCUUUAGCUCCUUCCUUGCAUCAUUUAUUCUGUUAUCACCAGGUUGGGCACUGCUUUCCUUUGAGGUAAAGACAAAAGGCAAAGUAGGUGUUGAGCAGUUCUGCCUUCUCUCUGUCACCCAACAGCAUUUCUCCAUCCUCUUCACACAAGAGACCUACUACUUGCUUGGUCUUCCUCUUGCUUCAAACAUAGCCGAAGAAACCUUUUUUAUUAAUUUUAAUCUCUCUUGCAAGCCUGAGUUCAUUCUGAGCUUUGCCCACCUAACCUCCCUGCAACUGUUGGCUACUCAUAUAUGUUCUUCCUUUGUGAUUUCUCCUUUCUUCAAUUUCUUAUUCAUGCCCUUCUUAAAUCUCAGUUCACCUGUAAGCUCCUUAUGCAGCCACACUGGUUUUUUAGGUGUCUCCUACUUUUCUUUCUUGUUGGAAUUUUCUGCCUUUCUGCCUUCGCCUUUAAGAAACUCCCAUUCCUCUUGGACUCCCUUCUCUUUGAGUAUUUCUGAUCAUGGGAAAGUUCCUUAAGCUUUUUGAAAUCAGACUUCUUAAAGUCCGGAGUGCAUGUUCAACUACCCUCAGCUUUCCCUUGCUUGUAUACAAUGAAACCCAAUAUUACAUUAUCACUUUCUCCCAAGGUUCCCUGUACUUUCACUUUGUUGACCAGCUUCUCCCUGUUGGUGAGGACCAGGUCCAAUAAAGAUGACUCCUCUGUUGCUUCUUCCACUUCUGGAAAAUGACAUUGUCAGUAAGGCAAUUGAGGAAGUUGUUGGAGCUUUCAUUCUUGGCAGAGUUUGUUGAAACUCAAACUCUGCCAAGAAUGAAAGGUCCAAUCAUUUCUUCAAUUGCCUCACUGACAAUGUAUCUGAGUAACUGAACUCUUCUAUGACUCCUAUAUCUCUUAUUUAUGAAUGUUUGGGAAUCUGCUGUAGAAAGGCAUCAACUGAGUCCUCCAUUUGGCUUGGAGGUCUAUAGCAGACACCCUCUCCUACAAUUUUUAUCCAUAUACUCUCAAUCUGUCUUCCAUGCUCCAAGUUAUGGAUCUCUUCACAAAUGUACACGUCCUUUACAUAUAAUCCUACUCCUCCCCUCUGUUUGAUCUACUCCUUUUGAACAGGUUGCACCUCUCAAGUUCCAGUCAUGAGUCUCAUCCACCAGGCUCAAGAAAUGCCUACUUAGGUCAUAUUUGUACUGAGAGCUCAAAUUCUUUUUGCUUGUUUCCCAUACUCUGUGCAUUUGUGUAGAAACAACUGAAACCAUGAGUCAUUCGUCCACACACUGCUGCCUCUGUCCUCCUCCGUGGAGAAUUGCCUGCCACCACCACACAUCUCAUCCUUCUCUGGGGAGCAGAAGGAAUCGUUCCAUACACUGUACUUUCCACUGCUACCUUGAUGUAUUUUAAGGUCUGCAGCUGCUGUUCUUGCUACGCUGGCUGAGAACUGGUGUCCAAAGUGAGGGCAUGGAGUCAGUUUUGCAGCUCCAGAGACACAGCAUGGCUCCUAACACGGCUCCUGCUUUUUGUGUCAUGUUCCUCCAGGAGUUCGUCUCCUGCACUGCACAAUCUUCUACCUCCCUAGGGACAUCCCACCUGCCUCUCUGUUCCAGGACAGUCCACUCUCUAGCAAGAAUUUCCUCAUCUGCUCAGUAGCUCAAAGUGUGGAUAGGUGGGCCUCAAGUUGCUGUACCUUCUCUUCUAGCUUGGAUUUGCUGUAGGUGUAGUAGGUCACUGCUGCAGCUCCCUUGUCAUCCAUGUCUCUUGGUCCAUGAGACAACACUCCAGGCUUCCCCCUCAAACUCCGCCACUAAACACCCUUGCAAAUGCCCCAGUUUACAAGUCCUAGUCACAAGAGCUUGACCUGCUAGAUUUCUUCCUGUAGUGCUUGUAUUAAAAGUGCAGCAGCCCUGCCUUCCUUCACCAGCAUGGAGGUGUAAAAAUAGGCAGAUACAAAUAAGUCCAAGCUGGCAAAUUGGCUUAAUGUUGGCCAGUGCUUUUUUCUAGAAAAAUAGGAGCUGGUACUCACCAUGAAAUUGUUACAGUAAGUGUCACACUUUUAAACCAAAAGAGAGAGGUGCCAGUACUCACCAUGAAGCUGUUACAGUAAAAUGCUGAAGGUUACCCACCUAUACAUGCCUGGAAAGACAGGACGAGAACAACCUCUCACAACUCUAAGCAUGAAAGGAUAAUUAAAUAGUGUCAAUGGGUAAGUACUUUGUGAUACCUGACCUUUAAGUAUGUACCUAAGCUCAGAAUGGUUCUGCUCCCUUGUCUCCUGUCUCCACAAGCUCCCACACUCAGAUUCUAUACUGUCACUAGAUAAACACAGCUUAUUUCAUUUGAGACCUCAGAACAAAAUCCCUAUUCCCUACCAUUGAGCAAAAGGGCUCCUGCAUUUUCUGCGACUGAUGCCUAAUGGACCAUACCAAGGGAAGGUUGUGAAAAGGCACAUUUCUUGUGUUCCAUCUCUUCUUCCCAUCCCCUCCUCUGUUUCAGAUGAGAUUGAACUGCUAGAGCGCCUGUGGCUAUCAGGGAUCUGCCACAAUGACAAAAUUGAGGUGAUGAGUAGCAAGUUGGACAUAGACAACAUGGCGGGUGUCUUCUACAUGCUCCUGGUGGCCAUGGGACUAAGUCUGCUGGUCUUUGCCUGGGAACACCUAAUCUACUGGAAACUGCGUCACUGUAUGAGACAUACAGGGCGGCUGGACUUCCUGCUCGCCUUCAGCAGGGUGAGGUUGCAAGAUCAGCAAGGGACAGUUGGGUGCCCAUUGAUCCGCUCACCCACUAAGCUAUUUCAACAUCCAUUACUGUCAAUUUCUUUGUCCAGAGAGUAAGCUCUUCCCUCCCUCCACAUCACUCUCCUUUCACCCAGGACUGUGAAUAAUCUUUGAUCACACCACACCUGUAUGCAGAAAUCAGCAUCCUUAGAAUCUCACCAUUCUUUUUCCCCUCAGAAAGCAGCAACCAUUUCCAGCCUUUAUGGCUGUGAAGGUAAGCAUGGAAGUGUAUGUGCAGACAAUGACUUAUACAGUCUCAAAAGCAAAAGGUGGGGUCUCUGCAAGUUUUCUAGUGGUCUAAAGAUGGGGCUAUAGAGCCUGCAUCUUUCUUUGCCAUUCUGCUGUGACUAAAUUAUACAAAAGAAGUCAGUACUGUAUAUGCAGGUUUUCAUAGUACAAAUCACAGACUUUGGGUUACCUUAACACGGAAAAUAAUAUAUACACCCGUCUACAUUUUCCCCUUUCCCUAGCUAUUAAUUUAUGGUUGUGUACAUACAGGUGGUGACCAUUCUGUGUGGUGGUUCCAUUCCCAGCCCCCAUGUGCAUCAGCACAGCGUUCAUCAGCAUGCCCGGCCCUUUACGCCCCUGGUCUUCCCUCUUCUGGAUCCAAAAGGACCCAUGUGUCAGCGAUCGCAUGUCAAUUGGAUGAGCCUAAAGUGGUUACCACCUGUACAUGCCUAGCCUGAAUAGUAGGGGUCACUGUGGGACUGAUAUGAGGAAAACCAGUUCAGCCUGUCUGCAGCAGAAGCUGGAUGCACAGAGCUAAUUAGCUGGAACAAUUUUUCAACUUUUAAAAAAUUGUGUUGACGGUCUUUUAAAAUUAAGGUGAAAAAUUAAUGUUCAGGUGAAUGAAUCUAUUUGCUGCACUUCAAAAAAUUAAAAGGGAGGUUGGCACCGUACCUGAGCAAUCAAGUAGAACAGUACCAGAGAGACUAGCAUAUUUGCAUUUUAUUUGCUGGUUACUACAUCCAUCAAACAAAAUCUACCGGUAGCUCACUUGCAGAAGAAAAAAAUGCAGGAAGUCCUAUUUCAACAUUGCUGUCUCUAUAUCCCUCUCAUUUCUAUGCUGGAUACUUAGUGACUAACUCCUAAAGAUGGGUGUUGAGGUUUGAGCCAUACUACUUUAUUUUAAAGCCCUGCUUUCUGCCACCAGAUUGGCUGUGGUUACUAGGUAAGGAAAGAGGAGCAUACUCAUCAUAUCUUGUUAUGUCUAUACUACAAAUUUAAACUGGCGUCAAGCCUUUUAAAUGGUUCUGGCUUACAGAGGGAAACCUGGGGCACGGUAUUUCUAUGAUAUGACUGGGAAGACUAACAAAGACUUGCUGGCACACUACAGACCACAUUCCACAAGGAGGAGGGGAAGCCUGGUAGUUAAAAGAUUUCAAAAUAGAUUAAAUUUGUAGUGUAGUGAUGACGUUAACAGGCCAUUCCCCAGGCUUUCAAAACAGAUUCUCAUUGCUAAAGCACAAAUUGAGUUCUUUAUAGUUCUCAUUUGCAUAUGUUGAUCACUUUAAAUGCAGAUUAAAAAUUGCUGCCGCCUAGCAUUGAGGCUAAGUUUGUUUUGCUUUUAAUCACUCAGCCAGGUGGCAAAAAUCCCACCCUACUCUCUGAUUCCUCUACCUGGAGAGUUUCCAUUGUCUCUUUUUUGAUCUUCACUAUGUCAGUUUCUCCACUUGUAUUUAUCUCCUCCUCCUCUCACCGCAUCCUCCUCUCUGCUUCCCUCCAUUCACUGCCACAGUGAUCCAUCUCUGAAAUAAAUGACCUACUAUGAAGGAUAGGCUCAGGGCUGGUGGGAGAAUGCAUAUGCUAGACAGGGUAGAAAUGCACUCUUUGUUAAUAGCAGAAGGCUCUCCAUGGUGGAGAGUGAUCUGGAGUAGCAUUUGGGGUGGAAGAUUGUGUGCAUGUGAAGGAUAGGAGGGAAAGAAUUUCAGUUCCCUGGUGUUUAUCAUUCCCUGGUACAGGAAGACAGUCUUAUAACAAGAGGUCCUUCACAAUCAAGGGAUAUGGGAUACCAUCAGGAAUACACUCCAGGGUUUUCCAAAGUGUGGGCUGUGACCCCAUGAAUAUCACUGAGACGGAGAAAUGGGGUGAGGAAUCUGUGAGACUAGUUACCUGUACUCAGGGGAGAAGAGCUGUGUAGCAGCAGCCAGGAUGGGGCAGGGUGAAUGGUGCAUGUAGAAAAUCAAUCAUGGGGUGAAGUGACAUGAGGAGCUGGUGAGCAGAGAAAAGUGAUGUUGUAGGUGGUGCUAGAGCUAAUUACCCCCAGUGAGAUUUCUAGGCUAUGGGUUAGAAAGUAACUGCACUUUCAUGGAACUGGAGAAACCGUUCUUUAUGAUAUUCUAUAAAGAACUGCAAAAAGAGCACCCCCAAAAAAGAGAGAGCAUUAUGACUGCAAUACUUUAUCACACAGAGGAAGUCCUGAUGGGUUUCACAAGGAGCAUGCAAUACAGAUGACUUUUACACUCUUCUUUGUGGAUCCCCUCCACCCCCCAGGGAAGGAGGGGUAGUAUGCACUGAGCCUGCCCCCAGGCUAGUACUCGGGUUCAUCAUGGUCCCCACCAUAUUUCCCAUGCAGGUCUUACAGCAACAGUAUUCCUCCCUGUAGUUUGGCAGUUGUGCUACAGUUCCAACAGCCCCCUUAUUUAUCCCUCUUUCUCCAAUUCGCUCCAGGGCAUGUACAGCUGUUGCAGCAGUGAAGACCCCAAAGUCCCAGAUCAGCAGCAGCUACCCAUCCUUAACCACACCUACGGGCCGUCGCGAGGUGCAGCCCCAGCGUUGCCCAGCCCCCCUGGCCCUCCACUUCCCUGUUCUAGCUUCCUGCCUCGUGAACGGCGCAUUGUGGAACGGUGGCGCCACGCUCGUAGUCCCAAUUGCUACAAGGAUCUGUACCCUCCGACGCCUACAGAGCUCCCCACAACCAAACCCCCACGCCAUAGCCUCAAGAGCCCUUUCUCAGAUGGCUUCCACCGGUUCUAUGGGCCCAUUGAACCAGAAGGGCUGUCCGAUCACGUCAGUGGCAAAAAGAUGGCGCCCUGUCAGCUGUCUCCGCCACCACCCUCCCGGGGGCUGGAAAAUCCUCCCUCAUAUUUUGCCAUUGUGCGUGAGAAAGAAACUCCCGACAUGCCACCGGUGGCAUCGGGCUGGCAACGCAAAUCCCUCCGUGGGUUGUAUGAAAGUUUCCAAGCCGGGAAAGCGGCAAGCCGAGCCCCAGAGGUGAAGAAGUAUGAUGGCUCCUCCAGUGGCUAUGCGACCAAAAGCCCUUGUGAGUUGGAACGGGGCAGCAGUCGGCCUUUUGGGAAAGAACGGGGUCGGUAUGGCUACACACGGCUGUCCUAUGAGGAUGAACGCUCCCCACCUGUUUCCCGCUACAGACAUGCUGAAGAGACAUCUCUGCCUCGAGCCGAGACAGAAGUCAAAUGCCCGACAUCAUCCAGCCGAGAGAGGAGCUCCCGGGCUCACAUUUGCCGCAGUCAUUCCCACCCGCUUGCCGUAGGUGCCAGCUUGCGCAGCCAAAGUCAUUAUGUGGAUUUUUCUGACUCUGAUUCUGACAUCUGUGAGAGGGACAGUGAUGGGCAUAGCUGCUGGUACCAGUCGCCGGAUUAUUUCUGCACAUACCCGUCCCGAGAGAGGCAGCUCUUUGCCACGCAUAAGCCCCUGCACUACUGGUCAGCCGACAAGCUGGCCAAGUGCCACGGAUGCCACGGUCCCUGCCAGCACUGCCUGAGCUUGGAAAUGCUCCCGCCACCCACCCCACCAUGCCGCAAGGAGGCCUUGCGCUACUUGAGCUGUUCUGAGGAGCGUCUGGAACGCCGGCUGGACUGGGAGCACCGCCACUGUAGCCUGUAUGGAUGCCUGGCUCCUCGCCACCGCCACGGCUUUCACCGACGCUGCCAUCACCAUUCCUGCGAGCUGGGGCCAGCUGGCGGAGUUCUACAUCCCACCUCCCGUAGCCUGGAGGACCUCAGCUCUUGCCACAUGGUGCGCUGCGGGGCCUCCCAUCGACACCAGGGCGGCUUCUCGCCGGAGUGGCUGCCACGCAGGGUGAGCAGAAGCGGGGAGCUUUUUGCCCGCCGUGGUUCUGCCCAUUUCUCUAGCCUGGAGUCAGAGGUAUGA